AUGCACGAAAGCCACGAUGCAAGGCGGACUAUUAUCCAGCCCAUCAUCCAUACUCACCCAACCUGCUACGUACAGAUUCUCAGCUUCGAGAGAACACCCCAGUAUGCGCUGGCAUGGACCCCUGCUUUUGAGCGAAUGAACGGACCUGAGUUCUCAACACUAGUCAUGGUAUGGCGCCAAGAAAUGCACAACAUGAGAGAGCGAACCGAGAGAUCUCAUGUCGGGCGACCUGUGCGCGCGGGCAAGCGAUUUCGCGCUGGCGGACACAUUGGUGCGAUGCACAUAGCUCAGGUAGAUUAG